UUUUAUUAUCCCCUCAGAGGAUUAAUCCCGCCGCUAAUGCAGCUUUUCAGUCGCAAAGCGCUUUAGAGGAAGUCGCGCCAGGAGAGCGCUUGGAGAGAGAAACUGAAAGUGCUGAGCAGGAGGCAGCUGCCAUCCUGAUUCCAGCCCUCCUGAUUCCAGCCCUCUUGAUUCCAGCCCUCCCUCUGUCGCUCAUCCUUUCGGGUUUCCCAGCUUCUUGCCUCACUGGAGUAUUUUGGGGGAAAUAGGAGAGCUCUGUAGCUGUGCAGCUUCCCAGGCGUGGAACCAGGGCAUUUCAGCUCUUCCAUUGGUCCAUUGAAAUCCAGGAGGAGCAGCCUGGCAGCAUCCCUGGCACCCAACUGCGGUAGCUGUUCAAGCAGAUACGUUGGGUUUGCGUGGCUUGGCUGCAUUGCGGCACCCGUGCAGCCUACCCAUGAGCUCAGACUUCCAGCAUUACAGUUUCAGGAUGCCGAACAUCGGGUUCCAGAACCUUCCUCUCAACAUAUACAUCGUGGUUUUCGGCACGGCCAUCUUCGUCUUCAUCCUCAGUUUGCUCUUCUGUUGCUACUUGAUCAGGCUCAGGCAUCAGGCACACAAAGAGCUUUACGCCUACAAACAGGUCAUACUCAAGGAGAAGGUGAAGGAGCUGAAUCUCCAUGAGAUCUGUGCCGUGUGCCUGGAGGAGUUCAAGCCCAAGGACGAGCUGGGGAUCUGUCCCUGCAAACAUGCCUUCCACAGGAAGUGAGUGUGGGCAGGGCUGGGGGCUCUUCCCACCCCAUCCCGGGGCAGGAAUGGCAGGGGGAGCCCCAGGGGGAUGAGCUGGGACAGGGGAGCAGCAGUUUGGGAGCUGGAAAAAUGAUGGAUGGUUUGGGGAUCUGGGGUUGAACUUGCAGGAUGCCCCGUGCUGAG